AACUGCCCGGCGGCUAUAAAUAAGCAGGCCAGAGGCCUCGGGGACAACAGCUGAUUGCUCCGCUCUUUGCCUCGAAGCUGCUGACGGUGACUGCAAAACAACUGCUAGACGCGAUGGAUCCUCAGGACUGCCCAUGCGCCACUGGUGGUUCUUGUACCUGUGCUGGUUCCUGCAAAUGCAAAAAUUGCAAAUGUACUUCCUGCAAAAAAAGUUGCUGUUCCUGUUGCCCGGCUGGCUGCACCAACUGUGCCAAGGGCUGUGUCUGCAAAGAGCCUCUGUCGAAUAAGUGCAGCUGUUGCAGCUAAACAUGCACUGUUUUGUUCUUUGUAAAUAUUCUGUAUGGUCAAAAAGAUGAGUCUUUGACCACAAUGUAUCAGUUUUGCAUGCUUGGGGGGGAGGGAGGAAAAUAAAAGCUGUGAUUUA